UUGAUAACCUAAAAAUAUUGGUGGAUUCUGAAAGAUCCAUCAGAGAGAAAACAUAUGAAAAGUUUUCUUUCAUUCUGGGUCAAUAUAUAGAGCAACCACAUUUGAUAGAUUCCCACAUAAAUGAGUUAUUAGAAAAAUUUAUUGCCAUUGUAAGGAACAGUGAUAACAGUAUUGUGCUGAAACAUCUAGCUUUCAAAUUCAUGUUUGUUGUUGUUAAUGUUAGAGGAUAUAAAGUAGUGGUGAGGCAUUUACCUCAUGAGGUAGCAGAUCUGGAACCUGUUUUACAAUUAUUGGAAAGGCAAGAUCCUACAGAUCCAGAUACAUGGACAACAAGAUACAUUUUACUGUUAUGGCUAUCUAUUAUUGUGAUAAUUCCAUUUCAUAUGUCCCGGUUUGACGGAUUUGACCAAAAAGAUGCCAAAAAAGAGACUGUUAUGGAUCGUAUUUUGACAGUUAUCAAGAGAUAUGCUGUAGUUUCCGAUAAAUGUAGAGAUGCCGCAGCCUAUUUGUCUCAUAAGUUUAUCACAAGGUGUUUAACCUUUUUACCACCAAGGAUAGCUUCUUGGAGAUAUAAAAGAGGACAGAGGUCUCUGGCUGUAAAUUUAAGCUCAGGAGAUGGUUCAGUUGCAAAAACUUCAGAUGAGGGAGAAGAUCAACAGGAAAAUGAAGAAGAUAUUGAAGUUCCAGAUGAAAUGGAAGAGAUUAUUGAUCAGCUGAUUCAUGGAUUGAGGAGCUCAGAUGGAGUUGUUAGGUGGUCAGCAGCAAAAGGUAUUGGUAGAGUGUCAGGAAGAUUACCUAAAGAAUUGGCAGAUGAUGUUGUGGGAUCGGUACUAGAGGAAUUCAAUUCACGAGAUUCUGAUGGAUGGCAUGGAGGUUGCCUUGCUCUUGCUGAGUUGGGUCGAAGAGGCUUACUUCUUCCUGAACGUUUGCCAGAAGUCGUUCCAGUGGUACUGAAAGCUUUAGUGUUUGAUGAACCUCGAGGAAGUUCCUCAGUAGGAUCUCACAUCAGAGAUGCUGCUUGUUAUGAUUGCUGGUCAUUCUCUAGAGCUUACGAAAGCCAUGUGUUGCAACCUUAUGUGAAUGAAAUUGCCAGUACUCUAUUGGUUGUUGCCUGCUUUGAUAAGGAGAUAAAUUGUAGGAGAGCAGCAUCAGCUGCAUUCCAAGAAAAUGUAGGUCGUCAAGGUACUUGUCCCCAUGGAAUAGAAAUUCAGAUGAAAGCCGACUUUUCAUCUGUGAGUGUUAGAACUCAUGCUUACCUCAAUAUUAGUACCUUCAUAGCACAAUUUGAAGAAUACACAGAGUCCUUGAUCAGCCACUUACUCACAAGAAAAGUUGACCAUUGGGAUUCCAAUAUAAGAGAGCUUACAGCCAAGGCCUUACAUAAUUUGACACCAAAACUUCCUGAAUACAUGAUCAAUAAAGCUCUACCAGCAUUAUUUGACAGAACAAAUUCCAUUGAUCUGAAUAGUCGACAUGGAGCUGUAUUAGCAAUAGGAGAAAUUUUCCAUUCGCUCUCUAAAACUGCGAAAGAAAGUUGUAUGAAACUUGAGUCUCUUCUGAAAGAGGAUCUAUUAGACAAAACCAAAAAAUUGAUUCUAACAUUUAGAGAGAAAAUGUAUUUCAGAGGAUUAGGAGGAGAAUUAAUGAGAAGAGCAUGUUGUGAUUUCAUAGAAAAAUGUUCUUUGGCAUCCAUGCCUUUUCACAAUGAAACUAUAAUUCAAGAUUGGCACAAUCUCCUCAAUGAAUGCUUAUCCUGCGACGUCCUCAGUAUACGUACAGUUGCAUUGAUUGCAUUACCUGCUCUGCUUGAGGAAUAUUAUUGUGAUAAACCAGAAGAAUAUGAUAAAGUUGUAAAGUUUUAUGUCAAGGAACUGUUGUGUGCCAGUAAUGAACACAGUAGAAUGGGAUACAGUUUGGCUUUAGGAGCACUUCCAAAACUCAUCUUGAAACCACAACUUGAUUUAGUGGUAUCUUCAUUGAUUGAAUCCACUGCGAUUACUCCAACGUCUUUGCAAUGGGCUGAGAGUAGAAGGGAUGCCAUCAAAGCUUUAACUUCUAUAGCAGUUGUAUCAGAAGGAGAUAUGGACAAUGAAAAUAUUGGUAAAAUAUACCACACAUUUUUGGAAGGUUUGAAAGAUUAUACACAAGACAAAAGAGGUGAUAUCGGAGCGUGGGUUAGAGAAGCUUGUAUAUCUGGUCUACAAAUCAUGACUUGUUUGGUGGAAAAAUUUUCAGUUGGAUUUUUGACACCCAAUUUAUUGAAUCAAAUUCUAUCAGGUAUUGCACAACAAGCUGUAGAAAAAAUUGAUAGGACUAGAGCACUUGCUGGAAGAGUAUUUUAUAGUCUUAUCUACAGUAACACUAUGAUAAAAAGCUUCACCUACUAUAGUGAUUUAUGUCGUAUAUUCCCAAAAGAAGAAUGCGAAGAAAUGAAUUGGAAUUCUGCUUCUGUUACAUUUCCGAAAUUUGUGCAACUUAUUCAACUACCACCUUUCACAUACAACAUUAUACUUGGACUCGUUUGCAGUGUUGGAGGCAUGACUGAGACAUUG